CUUUUGAUUUUGAAGACUUUUGAGAACCAGAAGCUUUGGCAUCACAUAAAUUGGAGUGACGCACGCCAGAAUGAAACCAAGAAUAUUGCUGAUUGGCUUCACAGCUUUGCUGUUUUUGAGUGCCUGCUUGGCCUCAGAGCUGUCGUUUCUACAGGAACCCCGAGAUGUGAUUGCAGUGAGGGAUCGCUCGCUCAUGUUGGACUGCAGCGUGCAGGGCGAGGAGCCCGUCCAGAUCACCUGGCGAAAAAACGGCGUGCCUUUGACCACCACUCCACGGAUUCAGGUUCUGGCAAAUGGCACCCUGUUGAUUCACAGCUUCCAGAAACGAAAAGAAGGCAGUGACGCUGAUAUGGGAGAGUACGACUGCGCUGUUCAGAGUCGCUAUGGCAUGCUGGUCAGCCGCAAGGCCAAAGUUCUCUUGGCAUCGCUUCCUAAAUUCCACACACACCCAAUGUCCAUGGCAGUGGAUGAGGGAGGAGUUGCACGAUUCCAGUGUCAGAUCAAUGGAAUACCUGAGGCCAACAUCACCUGGGAGAAAGACAGAGUGCCACUGAGUACUAGUGACAAAAGAUAUACUCUUCUACCAAUGGGGAUCCUUCAGGUGACAGGUGUGAGACAGUCCGAUGUCGGGGUCUUCCGUUGUAUGGCCACCAAUAUUGCAAACACUAGGUAUAGCCAUGAGGCCAUUCUCAACGUGACUGGUGGAGCUUCAAGAACCUACAAGGAGCCAGUCAUUCUGUCAGGACCCCAGAAUCUAACCAUCACUGUACAUCAGACCGCCAUCUUGGAAUGCAUCGCCACAGGAAACCCAAAGCCUAUAGUUUCUUGGAGCAGACUAGAUGGCCGCUCAAUUGGAGUGGAAGGGAUCCAGGUUCUGGGAACAGGGAACCUGAUGAUCUCAGAUGUUUCUCUGCAACACUCUGGUGUGUACGUGUGCGCUGCCAACCGGCCGGGUACCAGGAUGAGGCGUACAGCGCUUGGCCGACUUGUGGUACAAGCCCCUCCGGAAUUCCUGCAGUGGCCGCAAUCUGUUUCCAAACCAGCAGGAGGCAGUGCCGUGUUCACUUGUGUGGCUCAGGGUGUACCAGAGCCUCACCUCAUCUGGUUGAAAAACGGAAAGGUUUUAAUGCCUGGACAGAACGUCAAGUUAACCAAUAACAACAGUACUUUGGCUCUCACUCGUAUCGGCUCUGAGGACGAGGCCAUCUACCAGUGCAUCGCUGAGAACAGCGCCGGCACAAACCAGGCCAGCGCCCGACUCGCUGUGGCCCAAGCUAAAGACCUGCCGGCCGCUCCCGAGGGCCUCGCGGUCAAUGUGCUGUCCACUAGCGCCUUGCAGAUUUCAUGGAGCCAGCCGCCCGCAGAAGUCACUGAGGGUAUCAUUGGUUAUGUGCUGCAUAUCCGCAAAAUUGGAGAACCAGAUGCUUUGGAGCUACAAGAAGCCAUCAGCAAAGGAGCCUUUCAACAUGAUGUGAACAACCUGGAUCCAGCCACUACUUACUCCCUUUACCUGAAGGCCUAUUCCCCACUUGGAGCUAGUCAGCAGUCUCGCACUGUGGUGGCAACAACACUAGGUGGCGUACCGACCACUCCCACUUUCUUCACCAAAGUGGUGAAUUCCAGUGCUGUUCAAGUACUGUGGGAGCUCCCUAGCAAGGCAGGUAAAGCUGAGGGCUUCAGGUUGUCCUACCGCAGGGUCCCCAGUGCUGAUUUCCAGGGACCUAUCCAGCUGCCCUGUCACAUCAAUGCCCACGUCGUCGCAGAUCUGGAACCAGGUGCAGUGUAUGAAGUCAAACUGGUGGCCUACAAUGGAAAUGGGGAGAGUGACUGCUCUAAGAGACUUGUCUCAUUGGCAGAUGAAGGCACCACUGCCCAAAACACUGGCGAGAACUCACCGUGUCAGUGCAGGGACGGAGAAGCCUCUCUGGGCAGCAUUGUUAUCGGCAUUCACAUUGGUACGGCCUGUAUUAUCUUCUGCGUCAUUUUUCUCAUGUUUGGAUAUCGCCGCAGUCUGUUUUGCGGUAAAGGGACUCAGGACAGCUGGUCUGUACCAAAUGACAACACAGGACACAAUGGCAUCCACAAGGAGGCAACAAACCGUCCUAGGAUGGAGCCGGUGCCGCAGCAAGCGGUUUCCCCGGCACAAUGCCAAGUGGUCAUUGAGCAACACUCAUCGGGUCUUCCUGGCACUGGCACAGGCUAACACUGGUCAAACCCCCCCCUAAAACCCCGCCCCUCCCCCCCUAGCAACAUCCCCUUCUCAUCUCUCGAGUUUGGGAACACAAAAACUGCUGCUAUAACCCGAGUAUAAAAAAAUGCAACACCCUGGACCGACGGUAUAUUAACACCCCCUCCUAAUAUGUCCCUACCUCAAAGUCAUACCAAAGCAUAUUGCCUUUAUUGCCUGUGUACAAGCAUACGUGCAUGUUGAAAAAGCCUUCAAAGAGCCUUGUCACGUCAGAUCUGCUUCGAAACGUGCGUCACAUUAGCAUGCUAGCGGGAGACUGUCCUAUAACCAAAAUGUUUUAUAUUUCUCAGAUCUCACCCGGCAUGCGAAUGUGUAUGCAAAACUAAGCCAAAUAUUAACACCUGAUAAUGAUUUGUUGUGACAGAACUCUUGACAUUGCCUUCAGUUCGCCUGCAAUAAUAAGGGAAGAAACAUAGCGGCCUUUGCGAAAGCCUUAUCGAGGUCAGAGUAUCAUUGUAAGCCAUGAUAUUCUUUCACUCUACCAGAAGCCAUUUUUAAAUAAUACAGCGGUACCUCAAGAUACAAAGAUAAUUCGUUCCGGAGUAGCUUUCAUAUCAUGAUUUUUUCGUAUAGUGAAUGGCGUUUUAAAUAAAUCGACUAAUUCGUUCUAAGCUCUACUAAAACACCACAUUAAAUUUUAUAAUAAGGGUAAAAUCAAGAUUUAAAUAAGAGCCAAAUACAGUUGAAUCACUCAGUAUACCUAACUUAACGUUUAAUAUCUGUAAUAAAAUAAAUCAGGAGUGUCCAGCUCAUUUUGGUUCGCAGAGCACAUUUGUGGCAAUUACAUCUCAUGUGGGGACUGAUUAGUUUAUUUUGGGCCAAAUAAGUUAACUCAGUGGCUGCCAUUGACAGGCUUCGACGUCCAUUCCAUUUUCACAUUUUCACCCUAGGACCAUAGACUUCAUAAUGAUACUGACGGGUCAGAUUCGACCUUCACAGCACUACGCCUUCAAGUAGGGGGCCAUCCCACAAUCCGCUUCAGUUUUUCGCAGUCAGACACAUGCAGCGAUCCAACACCGGAUUUAUGUUGAAAAAGUAUGAAAGGUGUACCGCAUACAAACAGGAAGGAUUGUCUCAGGGGUGAUUUGUUCAAGGAUUCAAGGUAAAUAUUAAAUGUUUUGUUUUUUCACAAGAAUUUUCAACGUAUAAAGCUCUUUGUUGUAAGGCUGCCACCACAUUGUCUACCAGACUAGCAUCAUUCUUCGACAUAUUUAUGUAAAAUAAAUGCUAACUGCACGUUUUUUUCCGCUUUUAGCCAAGAAUCGAGACUGUCUUACGUCCAUAUCUAUAAAGAAUUCAGGAAUUUAAGCAUUUACUCACAAGAAUUUUCUCCAGAAAAGCUCUGUUUACAUAAGGCGGCCGCCAAAUAUACUAACAGACCAGCAUCGUUCUUCGACAUAUUUACGUAAAAUAAAAGCUAAUUGCAAGUUGUGUUUUUUUUUUUUUUUGGCUUUUAACCAAGAAUUCAGUCUGUCUUACGUCCAUAUCUAUAAAGAAUUCAGGGAUUUAAGCAUUUAUUCACAAGAAUUUUCACUAGAAAAGCUUUGUUUACAUACGGCAGCCAUCACAUUGACUGACAGACUAGCAUCAUACUUUGACAAAUUUACAUAAAAUAAAUGCUAACUGCAUGUUUUUGUUUUUUUUUUGCUUUUAACCAAGAAUUAAGACUGUCUUACGUCCAUAUCCAUGAAGAAUUCAGGGAUUUAAGCAUUUUUAAACAAGUAAUAAUGACAAACAAGGUUCUUUUUACCAGAAUAAAUCAUUGCUGUUAAAGGCUCUGAAAAAGUGCAGCAUGCUUACCUUCAAAUAUGGCUAUCCAUAAAUGAGGCCUUUCCAGAGGCGUUCAUUCGAAGUGAGUCGCUAUCUUCCCGGUCAACCAAGAAAACAACUAUUUUUCAACCAAAACUCCCGCUCAUCCAUAAUUCAACAACUUUUCAAUCACAUUUCCCGCUUAAUCAUGUAUCAACUAUUUGUCAACAUUAGUUCAACUAUAAAACAAUGUUAACGCCUGACAUACUGUAGAACAACGUUGUUUCAACGUCACUGCCGUGUGUCAUCGGUAUUUGCAACAUUGAUUCAACAUUGUUUAUUGUCGAAAAUUUCGAUGUCAACCAUACUGAUGAUUUUGAUGGAAAAUCAACGUUUAUUCAAUGUCGGUCUGCUAUCUGGGUACUUUAUUUGCCCCUUUCCAAGGUGAAAUGGAUUAGACGUCGAGUGCCGUCAAUGCCACUGAAAGAUGAGCAUGCACAGCCAGUCCUUUCAGUUUAAGUGAACUAGAUGUCUAUCGUAGUCAAUGGCAGGCAACGAGUUCAUUUUGCGUCGCCUCCAUGUCAUUUUAAGAUACAGGUAGUCCCAGGGUUACGACAUACUCGAAUUACGCGAUUUCGACUUUGCGACGCUGGUGUCUCGUCCACGAUUAUGUCUCUAGUCUUUUUGUUGUUGUUUUUUUUUUUUUCAACGUUGUUCAGCUUGACAGACAGCAAACAGAGCAAUUGCGUUUUUUGAAGCUUUUUACUUCCUUCAGUUUUGACGAUUUGUAAAGCUGUAACACACAUCUGUUCAA